UGUCACGAACUGGCUAAGCACAUACGUACGUACAUGUGCAAGCUUGUCGAGAAACAAAGUUAGCUGCGUGCUUUCUUCUCUCUGUAGAUCUACAAAGAGAAACUAAUAGUUAAUCAAGCUAGCUUCUUAGUUGAUCCCUAGCUAGAUUCACAGGCCAUGGCGACGACGAGGAAGGUGUCCGUUCCCGCUAUCCUGUUGCUGCUGGCCGUCCUCUCCUGCCUCUUCCUCGUCCAAGCAGCGGUGGCGGCCGGCAACAGGAGGGCUCUGCUGCCGAGGGAGGCGACCGACGACGUAGAUGUCUUCCGCGGGCAGCAGGCGCUGCCGACGACGGCGGAGGAGGCGGCGGUGGGAGGGGAGCCGCAGCUAGCCGACGAGGAGAUUGAGACGGCGGCGAGGAGGGUGGACCUGCAGACGCAGGACUACCGUGAGUCCGGGGCCAACAGCCGCCACGACCCACGGAACCCGCACUGAGAUUCGUGCGUGCCGGAUGGCGACGAUCGAGAUUGAUCGAUCUUCCCGUGCAAUGUAUAACCUCAUGUUUAAUCAUCCCAUAAUUUUGCAUAAUAACUAGGCAUGAACAGCAUAUACAAACAUGAUUUUAAUUUAAUUUGUCUGUGGAACAGGCAACCUAGCAUAAACAUAUAUAUGCAUCUUUGUAACUCUUGUUUGCUUAGAAAUAAGCAACAAAUCAUGUUGCAUGUGUCAUCACUCAACAUGCGAACGGGCUCACAGGCCGGUGGCAAAGUCCCAGGGAGGGACCGAACCGAUCGAGGGUUCUAGCCUAUGGCCUCGCACGACCCAGCCUCCAAUAAAACCGUGAAAAUAGAUCUCACUGUUAAAAAAAUACUCAACAAUAUGCAUCCAAAAAAUUUAAUGAGUAAAUCUAGCUUUUAAUUAUUUCC